AUUGUUCCUUUGUCUUUUCCAGUACCAACCACCAAGCGGACAGGAUGGAUUGGGGCGCACUACAUACUAUCCUGGGGGGUGUUAACAAAUACUCCACCAGUAUUGGGAAAAUCUGGCUCACGGUCCUUUUCAUUUUUCGCAUCAUGAUCCUCGUGGUUGCCGCCAAGGAGGUGUGGGGAGACGAGCAAGCUGAUUUUAUCUGUAAUACCCUCCAGCCUGGCUGCAAAAAUGUUUGCUAUGACCACUACUUCCCCAUCUCUCACAUCCGUCUGUGGGCCUUGCAGCUGAUCUUCGUGUCCACUCCAGCACUCCUGGUGGCCAUGCACGUUGCCUACCGGAGACAUGAGAAGAAAAGGAAGUUCAUUAAGGGAGAGAUGAAGAGUGAAUUUAAGGACAUUGAAGAGAUCAAAAGGGAGAAGGUCCGUAUAGAAGGGUCCCUGUGGUGGACCUACACCAGCAGUGUCUUCUUCAGGGUCAUCUUUGAAGGUGCCUUCAUGUACGUCUUUUACAUCAUGUACAAUGGCUUCUUCAUGCAGCGCCUGGUGAAAUGUAGUGCUUGGCCUUGUCCCAAUACGGUGGACUGCUUUAUUUCCAGGCCCACAGAAAAGACUGUCUUUACUGUGUUCAUGAUUAUAGUGUCCGGCAUUUGCAUCCUGCUAAACAUCACAGAAUUGUGUUAUUUGUUCAUUAGAUAUUGUUCUAGAAAGUCCAAAAAACCGGUUUAGCCUUGCCGAGCUAUAGAUAAGAGGAUGAAGCAACCUGUGCUUAGCUGUCAAGACUCAGUAACCAGUGUUUGUCGAGACAGAUUCCCAUCUUAAAUAAAACCGUUUAAAUCCCCCUAGACCUCCCAUGAAAUUCCAGUGCCUGCAAAGGGGUUCCAUGCUCCCAGAGCCCCAGAACAAAGGCUAAGUCUAUGAGUGUAUUAAUUUUUACUAAAGUUAGUCCCAAUGAGACCCUGUGCUGAUAGGGCUUAUUGGUGUAAGAUACUUUCAUAUUGGAAACCAAGACUCGCACCAUUUGUUUCUCUUGCUCUGAGGACAGGAGAUAAAGGCCAGGUCUUCUAGAAGAUAUCGAGAAAGUUCAAGUGCCUUCUUAGGUCUCUCUCUGCCAGGUUCUCCCCAGUUAAAGGUAAACAUAGAGAAUCAUGGUUCUUUUAUUUGCUUUAGAAGUUGUAAUCUGUUAACAAUGGACAAAAUUACCUAAUGUUUCAACUGCAGCUAUACUUUUUUAAUGAAAACAUUAAAAUGAGACAGGUUCAUCUGAAGAUGUUCUGAAAACCAUCAUACACUCCUCCUGUUUCAAAGUCUCAGAUGGUGAUGUGUAAAUGCUUUGUGAUUAGGUCUUCUAAUUUAAUUUGAAACAUGGCCUUUUGGUUAUGAGUAAUUUGCAACAUCACAGCCUCCCUUGAAUGAGACAAACAGAAGUUCCUCAUGACAGCUUAGGAGGAGCAAAUACCCUCAUUU